UGUCAGGUGUCCCUCAGCAGCCGGAGGGACAGCUGGUGCGAGUAGUGGUGGGUCAGUGGAUGCUCUUCUCCUUUAUCUUGGCCAUUGUGUAUCGUUGUGUGCUCAAAGCAAUGCUAAUUCUUCCCCGCGUCCACCUCCCUUUUGACAACCUCGAGCAGCUGGUCCAGACAGGAAUCCACGUAGCUGUCGGGGAAGGAACCAGUAUCCACGUAGAGAUAAUGCUAGCGGCCAACACGUCUAGCGUGGGCCAGCUGCGGGAUGUGGUGGUACCUGUUCCUGCUAAGCAUACGAAACUCUACAACCUGAAAGUGAUGGAGGGACACCUGGCGGGGAUGAGGACUAGAACCGUCGCCAACUUCAUAGUGAAUGACGAUUUUGCAAAGGUUGGCGUGUGUCGGGCUUACAUUAUGUCCCGCGGCUUCUUCGGGCCCAACAUCCUAAGCAUCGCAUUCCCCAAAGGCUCGCAGCUCAAACAGCAAUUCGACUCCAUUAUCGUUAGGUUUCGGGAGUUUGGGAUUAUCAAGAAGGAGUUUGGGGAUGCCCUGACCAACGCUACUGACUGCUUCAAACCCUUCCACGCCACAAUCACCACCUCCAAGACCCGGCCACUGCACCUCGAAGACCUCUUCGGAGUCUUCUUCCUCUUAGCAGCUGGCAUCUUCGUGGCAGCCUUCGUUUUCCUGGCGGAGGUUACGGUCGGCCAUCGGCGUAAUAUGGAGGAAUGAGACCGUGCCAUUGGCAAGUUGACUCUGGCACACAUUUGUUCAUUCAUCUAUACUGCUACCUGAAAAGUGAUGUCUUACUUCGCCUUUGGAUAGUCGAAGAGGCUAAUGGAAAAAUUAAUACUCAAGCAUGACAAGAUACGAAUAUAUUACAUUGUUCAGGUUCCGCUGAUAUUUGGUUAUAGAGCUAACCUAAAUACCUCUAUAUUAUUUAUGCUGGAAAUGGAUGUCUGAGAUAAAGCCUAAUACUGAUUAA